AUGGCCGUGUUGAACACGCACAAAGGGUUGUUCGCAUACAACCGCCUCGCGUUCGGAAUUGCAUCGGCUCCGGCUUUGUUCCAGCACCGCCUCAAAUCCGCUAUGCAAGGGCUCCCUCGCGUCAAGGUGUACUUGGAUGACAUCAUUAUAGCCGAAAAGCAGAACGACAAUUCAACUCUGCGGCAAGUCCUCGAGCGCCUGCGCGCCAAUGGACUCAAGUUGAACCGUGACAAUUGCAGGUUCCGCGAGAAUCAAGUUUCGUUCUUGGGCUACAAGAUCGACGCAACUGGUCUACACCCUCCUGAGAAUAUGGAAGCCAUCACAAACGCACCAAUACCGCAGACGCAAUUAGCGGACUUGAGCCGAUCGGACGACACGCUGCAUCAGAUCAGGGGGUGGAUCACAAAUGGCUGGCCGCGGCAGUUAUCGGUAGCACAGCAACACCUGAUGCCGUACUUCUCUCGCCGUAAUGAAACGACACCAAUGGAAGGAGGAAAAUCGCCCGCAGAACUGCUGUUGGGCUUCCGUCCCCAUAACCAGGCUGACCACUUCACUGACAGACAAAAAGGAGCGGCAAAAGCACCAACACGAUGUCAACCUGGCCAGCAAGUAUGGUCACGCCAGUAUCAGUCUGCUCGGAAGCUGAUGCCGGCGACAGUAGUGUCCACAAAGGGAGCACGGAUGGUUACACUGGAAACACCAGAGGGACCGCUACGGCGCGACGUAGACCAACUCCGGCCACGGCUCGGCACAGGGUCGUCACCUAGCAAGCCGAGCGAAGUCCAGACCGGCAACGAAUCUCAGUGUAGCGCCGAGCAGGCCGCAGCUCAUGAAGGCAACCAGCCGGUGCACUGCUGCUGA